UUCCAGGUCAGUCUCAACUACAUAGUGAAAUCCUGUCUCAAAACAACAACAAAAAAGCCAAGAAAUCCAAGUAGUACCUGGACACAUCCUCUGGCCUUCUGACUGGAAUGCCUGCCCAUCAGGGCUGGAGUUGCACAUUAACAGUUCUGGCAAAUACCGACAUUAAUGGAGAGUAUUACAGCCACAACCAUUUCCAAGAAAUACAAACUGCAAUUUGAUAUUAUUUAAAGAACAAAGCUGGCCGGGGAUUUAGCUCAGAGGUGCCACUGCCUACCUUGCAGGCACAAGGUCCCAAGUUCAAUCCCCGGUACCCCCCGCCCCCACCAAAGCCUUUUUACUGAGUGCCUCGCAAGCACUUUUACUAAAAUGUAAAGACAUACACCAUGUCCACUUCACAACUGCCCAAAAUACACAUGAGGAAUGAGGGAGACUAAAAGGAAAAAACAGGCUAGAGGACUGGGUUCAAAGAUCUCCCGGACUAGAUGACAGGUGUCUGAAUCCCACGAUCUUUAUAAACCCCAGCUUGUUCAAGACAUACACAUUUCCCAGGAAAUCACAAAGCCCUUCAGUAGGGGUGUCAGAUUUGGCGCGUAGUAAUUUAUUUGAAUUUCAGAUAAGUGACGGAAUGGACGUAUGUCCGAGAUAUCUUAAGGAUGUUCUUAUACUAGGAAACCUGACAACCUCGGUAGGGCUUGGUGGCAUACACCUGUAACACCAGCACCCUGGGAGGCUGAGACAGUAGGAUCUCGAAUUGGAACCAAACCUAGCCAACUUAAGCGAUUCAGAGAGACGCUGUCUCAAAAUAAUUAACAAAAUUUAAAGGGGCUGGAAAUGUAGUUCAGUGCAAAAACCUUGGGUUUCCCGGAUGGGGAAAAAAUAAAUUUGUCCACCUGAGCCGCGUUACCAGCCUCCCGUCCCUCUCUCAACCCUCCCGCGCCCGCGCAGGGCUUCUCCCACUUUUCUCUCUCCUUGCAGGGGACGAAGACGCCGGCUGGGACGCCCCACCGACGCACAGUCUCGUUGUCAGGUCGUCCAGCAGGCAAGGUUAGGGAAAGGCCACCGCAGAGCGUGCCGAGCGCCCAGCCCUGUAGCGCAUCUGUCCACUCUGACCCGCCGGCCAGAGCCCUGCCGCGGGGGGCCAAUCAGCUGCCAGCUAAGUGCACGUCCAUACAAGGCAUCACCUGAAUGGCUAAGCUCGAGCCAAUCAGUGGGACGUACGGGAGGCAAGCGUGAUUCCGAGGUGCAAGCCGGGAAAACGGCUGCAGCCUGUGACGUAAAAGCUGCUGCGAGCCCUGAGCGCGUGAGAGCCUGGCUCCGGUUCCACUGUCGUCCUUUUCGCCCUUAUGUUACGGUUUUCGAAGCCCCAGAGCCUCGCGGAGACAGUUCGGCUCCGUAGCAUUCACACAUCAAAACGCAUCAUGACGCGGGAGGCCGCUCCUGAGCCGCGCAGGUGACCCGAGCGCCCUGAGCCCAAGCGCGAAAAGGCAGCUUAUGGAGUGGUAGAACCGCAGAUGUCAGGACGGGGCCUUCAGGCAUCCGUGUCUCGAGGUGCCCGAGGACUAGUUCUCCGGCGGGUGACCAUCUCUCAGCCUCCUUUCCUUUGUAUCGGUUCUCGUGGGAGGCAGCAUCACCAGGAUCUCUUGAGCUUUCCAUGCUAUCAGAAUAGUCACCUCAACAAAGGGGAAGCGCGCCUUCUCCCCGUUGCUCCAGCUCAGAGGCCCGCGGUGGAGUCUAAGGCCAGGCCGGGAGAGUGCUCCAACCUGGUGAGUAACCCAGGCCGCCCCCAAGAGUGUGUCUGCUGCAAGUGCCGUGCCAGAUUCAUGGGCCACCUUCCUGUGCCCAGGGCUGAGGCAGCAUUGCCCUACUGAGUCCCUGUGUCCUUGAGAUCCCGAAAACAGCACCUUCCCUGAAGCUCUACUUCCGGUUCACCGUGCCUUGAGUGGCUGUCCUCCCUCAGGCCCCUCUGCCCUGCCGUUCUGCCUCGGAGCCUGCCGACCAUGGGCUGCCAGAAGAGCAGCAUACACCUCUCCUCUGUCCACAUUCCAGCUUCCUCCCGGGAGCCUCGACCUCUCUGGCAGGGAACCACCGGUGUGAAAUUCUCUGUAAUGCUCCGGGGAGCUUGCCCAUCUCUGAGAAAGGGCGCGAGGCCAGGCGAGGCCGCUGCCCAUGGCCCUGCAGACGGGUGCUGCCGGGAACCGCACUCGGAGCCUGCGUCGGUUACAGGCCCCUCACUCCGCAGGCUGCUGGGAAAUUGGGGUCUGUGCCUCACGCCCCAGCUGGCCCCGGCCUCCGCCUCUCCCCGGCUUUGCUGCGCCAGUCCCGCGUGGCUCCGAGAUGAGUCCUUCCAGCACCUCUGCGUGAUGACUCUGGCCAUUUCCUUGGAGCACUGGCCAGAGCAGAUGAUGAUCCCUGAGGCCCGAGUGUCAUCAGCCCCGGAGGCUGGGAGCCAUGUGCUUUCCAUUCUGAGGUCUGCGUCACCCUGGCCAGCACCGGACCUUCUGAGCACCUGGUGGAAACUGUGAGGAGAGUGCAGAGGACAUGCCCGUGGUCGAUCUGGGCGGUCAUCACUUUCCCUGUGGGAAACUUGCCCAUUGAUACGGGAGGCUCCACACACCAUCGCGCCUUCUUCAGACCAAGAUGCCCGGCCUUUAUUUACAAAGAGAAAAUAAUCGACGCUUCAUCCGAGAACCAGCGCAGGAUGUUAGGCGCGAGAUCAGGGAAGGAGUGUGGUCAUUUGUGUAAGAAAAUUCAGAAAUCGACAUCAAGCGUAUGUAAAGUCCGAACUUGACGCUUCGUGUUCAUAAAGAAAAGUUACAUAAACUUGAAAAAAUGAAAGUUAUUUUGCUUAAGUGCCUGAAAAAAGAAUUUAGAAUAAUAUUUGGGUUAUCCUAGUUUGGUGCUGUGUUCUGGAAGCCUUGUCAGGGUCCAGGAGGGAUUGCAGAGCUCUGUGCCAAGAAGUGGGGUGUGUGCAUGCGUGUGUGAGUGUGCACGCGUAUACCUGUAUCCCCCACGUCCCAGCCCCAGCAAGUGCACAGGGACGGCGGUGGGAGCUGCCUGGUGAGGGGGGAAACCAACUUCCAUCAGAAAGGUAAGGUACGGCUAGUACAAAACCCCUAAAAUGAACACUAGUUUUCUCCAUGAAAAACCUCUCUUUUGGGGAGGGGCUUUGCAGGGGGUCCUGUAAUAGGUUAGAACCAAUUCCUACAGUUACCAUAAACCAGAAAUGCAAGAAAGAGGCUGCAUCUGCUCCCGCGCAUGUGGUGGAGUGUUUUCUUCUGGUCACUUGGUCCCCAAAGCCCUGGGUCC